CACAUAUUUUGGCUCCUACGCUUGCACGUAACUUUUUGAUCAAAAUAUUUUCAAAAAAGGAGAGUUUUGUACAGGAGAAAAAUUAGGGUUUCACGGGUUCGACUUGCGACACAGGUCAGUCACAGGAGUGGAAAGCAAUGUUCAGCCGAUUUUCCGCACAUGCUUUAACGUCCAAAAAGGAACUCACGAAAAUGGAACUUCCUCCAGAUUUUUAGUACCCCUUACAAACAAAUGGGUGGAUCUGAAAUUUCAAGAUCAGAGGAGAAAUCGUUUGAAAAUAAUGAUGUGUUUGUAUGGAUUAGUAAGAAAAUUCAAGAGCCCCUUAAGGCUGAGUUCAAGAAAUUAAGGAGUGUCAAAGAGCAACAAAGCAUGAUUAAGCCAGUGUUAGAGAUAGAGACUACUCAUGAUGAGGAAAGAGAGGAGGAGAAGUUAGAGAAGCAAUUACAAGCUUGGAGAGAUAACCCUUCAUGGAUAGAUCAACCUCCUAAUGUGCAGGUGAAAUCACAAAAUGGUUUGUUUUGCCAUUUGAACGCAGAAUUUAACGUAGGAUUGCCUCCUAAGUCAGUCUACAAAAUUUUCACUCAUCCAGACAACAAACGAUACUUCAAAAACAUUAAGGAAUGCAUAUCAAGAAAAGUUUUGAUGGAGGAUGGACCAAUGCAAACCGUGGAGGUGAAGCAAGCCGCGGCCUGGAAGUUUCUUUGGUGGGCUGGAACUUUCCCUAUACAUCUAAUUGUCCAAGAAAACCGAAAACAUCUCAUGUCCAAUUAUAAACAAGAGAAGACUAUGUUCAUGAAAGUGUUUGAGGGUUGUUGGAGGGUGGAGCCAUUGUUUAUCGACGAACAUUUGUGUGAGCGUUUAAAACCGAAAACACAAGAAGACUACGAUCGUUGUACCAACGGACGAGGAAGGAUCGGGUCGAAGGUGAAAAUGGAUCAGAUGUUUCAGCCUUCUGCUAUUCUUACACCACCUCCUCUUUCUUGGUAUAUUCGUGGGAUCACCACUAAAACCACAGAGAGUAUGAUUGAAGAUCUUCUAGCUGAAGCUGCUAGGAUCCGAGGAGGAGGCCGUGAUGAUGAUCAAGUAAGAAACAGCAACGAAUUGGAUAAGAGAAAAGUUGAGGAUAUUAAGGAGAGAUGGAGAUCGAGGAGGUGUAAUGGGAGGAGAUUAACCAAUCGGAGGAAGAUUUAAACGUUUUAUAAAAGAAACAUCCUCUCAGUUAUUGCAAUGAUAUACUUUGUUAAUCUCAUUGUAGUUCCAAUGGCUU